AUGUCGGAGACUAUGCCAGAUGCCCCGACCGGGGAAGAAACCUACGACCAUGGUGAAGAGUUGUUAUUAGGCGGAGUGAAGAAAUUGGUUGUGUUACCUGGCGCGUCGUCACAUGCCGCAUCAUUCCAGAUCGAAAAAGAAGACCACACCAUGGGGAAUGCGCUACGGUACUUUGUCAAUAAGAACCCUGACGUUGAAUUCUGCGGCUACACCAUCCCGCAUCCCUCCGAAACCAAGAUGCACAUCCGGAUCCAAACAUGGGAGGACACCAAGACAACUGCAGUAGACGCUCUCAGGAGAGGGCUGGAGGAUAUGAUGGAGGCUUGUGACGUGAUUUCAGAGAAGUUCACCGAGGCACGGGACGAGUUUGACGCUCAACAGUCAUGA